ACAUUUUUGCGUUGUUAAUAUCAAAGUGCGAAAAAAUGUAGUUUUUACGCGGUUGUUUGCUCAAAAAAUGGGCUUAGAGGAUUCCCUGUUGGGUGAUUUAUCAGUUACAUCGAGUUUAAUGGGCUGGAAUCGAAUAGUGAUGACUUUCUCUCUAGUUUGCGCUCAGGCUGUUGCAGUAGGAAAAAGGAGCGCCACGGUCGACGAUUGGACAGCGAAAAAAAAGAUGACCGAGAAGAUUUCCGCCACCACAGCAGCAGCAGCAAACGGAUAGGCGAUAAUUGGAAUCGUGUUUCACCAAUGAGGAAAAUCAAUAACGUGGGAAUCGCUGCAACGUUCCUCCGUAAAUUCAUAGCAUCGGCGCGAUAAUCGGACACAUUCUCACGCACACUCCUAGCUGCAUCAGUUUUACGAAAGUGAACAAGAACAUCGGCAGUAGUUAGACGGAGGCUACAUUUUUUGUGUGUCUAAAAGCCUAAUUCAUACCGUAUAAUCAUUGCCGGUCUAGGAAGUUGGAUAAUGGACCUCAACGCACCGUGAGAAUGUUUUCGAUGACCUGCUCUGAGUCGACACCGUGCAAAGUACUGUUUUGGUUCACUUCAAUAAACCAACGGUGCAGAUGAAAAUCAAUUGCCCUCUAAAAAGCAGUGCUAAGUCUUAUCAAAACAGCCGGGGGCUUACAACGCAAAAUUAACCGAAGAUUCCAUACUUUCUCGCUGAAAGUAUGUACACGGUGCAGUCCAAGCAAAAAGCGCAAAAUCAGCAGUACUAUGUAGCGUCUAGUGGGAGCAGAGUUAGGAUAACUAAUAUGGAAACAAACAACAAAAAGACUGGCGAUUCAUAUGGACUGAGCGGCGUCGGCGGCGGCAGCAGUAGCAGCAGCACUAGCAGCGGCGGAAGCGGAAGUACAAAUAGAUCGAUGGCUUAUGGCAGCAGCGUUGCUGGUAGCAGGAAAGCUUCGAUUGGUAGUGGUAGUGACCAAUCUAGCGAAGAUUAUGAAGAGGUGAAGCCGGAUAUCAAAGUCAGCUCGCACCUCCUGGACCAUGGGUAUGGAUAUGGCGUAACGCCGCAAUAUCACCCACAACCACAACAGCAGCAACAGAGCCAUCAUCACCUUCAUAGCAGUAGCAGUAGUACUAGUAGCAAUAAUCAUAAUAGUAGUCAACAUCAUAGUGGUUAUCACUAUCAUCACAGUCCUACAGCGUCUACCUCUGGGUCAUCGGCAUCUAGCACUGUGCAUUAUCAACAUGCCAAGCCAACGACACCCAGCCGGACGGGACUUCAGCAGUCGCACAAAAGUGCGAGCGGUGAUCCGCAAAUUACCAACUACUUCAAGGCGGUAAAACGUCGGCCGCAAGGCAGCCUGUCGCCACCCCCGAGCAAAAUUGCCAAGCAGUCCAGCAGUAAAACACCGAGUUCUACAUGCUCAACGCCAACGUCAUCCGUGUCGUCUUCGUCGUCGAAAAAACGGUACUCGGAAGGAACCAGGUACGACACCUCUCUUGGCUUGCUGACGAAAAAGUUUAUCGAUCUGUUGAAGGAUUCUCGCGACGGUGUGGUCGACUUGAACAUUGCCUCCACGAAGCUAAACGUGCAAAAGCGGCGAAUCUACGACAUCACCAACGUGCUGGAGGGAAUCGGUAUUCUCGAGAAAAAGUCGAAAAACAACAUCCAGUGGAAGUGUGGCAACUCGCUGUGCAAUAUCGAGAAAAACAAUCGGAUACAGCGCGAACGGUAUCUGCUGGAGCAGAAGGAAAACAUGCUGGACCGGAUGAUCGUUGAAAUGCGCCAAACUACGGCGGAUAACAUGCAAACGCCUAGAUAUGCGUACGUUACCUGUCAAGAUCUGAAGUCAAUCGACACACUCAAAGAGCAAACGCUGCUGGUGAUGAAGACACCGCCGGAGGCGAAGAUUGUGCUACCCGACGUGCAACAGCCGUGGGAAAUCUUUAUCAAAUCCGAAAAGGGCGAAAUCGAUGUCUUUGUAUGCCCCGGCUCACCAAACGGAGGAUUCGGUGGGGCUGGCAGCAGUAGUGAAAGCUUCAAUGGGGGAAGCAGUACAACUGGGGGAGGCUACGGCAGCAGCAGGUCUGGGCCUGAUCCUUUACUUGAAGACAUCGACCCGCUGAUAUCGCCAUACAGUGAAAAGUUGUUCAGCCCCAAAAAUAAACUGAGAUGUUUCACGAAACCUUUUGGUUCAGCGCAACGGAACCUCAACAGGGCGUUUUUCAGCAAUCUCCCUGUGGAAGUUAAAGUGGAGCCUGGAUCAGCCGUACUAAAUUCAAUGUCGACAGGACAGACAACUAGCAGCGAACCCAUUCCUAUUUCCAGGCAACCGAUUCUCGUGCAAAAAGAUUUGAAUUUGCUGAGUGGAAGUGAUGCCAGCCUAAGAACUCCAGCAACAACAACUGACAACCUGUGCUUUAGUACUAGUGUAGUUAAAAAGGAACGUUUAGAUUCUGAUUAUAUAGAUUAUAACAGUGAUAGCCUGCUACUGGACCCAAAAGAACUUCCGGCGGAAAUUACGAAUAGGAAUGCUUCUUUAAAUGACAGUAAACUGAGUCCAGAGACGCUACUUCCUCAGCCGCCGUCAGACUCAAGCGAUACGAAAGAGGGUCUCAGUGCCAAAUCUACUCCAAGUAAUACGCGCGAGAAAAAUGUCAUGAUCGAUGGAUUUGGCAACUACAGUCCGUUUGAUCUACCUGAAGUACUGGACGUGUUUCAACAGCUGGAGCCACUCGAAAAUGAUUAUAACUUCUGCCUGGAACAUACGGAAGGUGUGUUUGAUUUGUUCGAUUUUAAUUUUUAGUUCAAAUUAAUGUGGGUAUGUACACGUAAUGCCGUAUAUAUACGCUUUUAUUUUCUAUUAAUAUUGCUACUAGUACUAGCGAAAACUUCGGCUAUCCCACCAAGCUGUCGACAGCGACAGGGUGGGGCCAGGAAACCAGCCUAGUGUACAUUGUUUUCCGUCUAUUUAGAACAGUUUUUCAGCAAUCUAAGACAUUAACAAAUCGUCGAUUAGUUUAGGGAGGCACCAGCAAUUGAAAGUUUUGUGUAACUACCCUUUUUGAGUUACAGUCUUUUGCUAUUUUGAAAGCUUCUUCCCCCUUCGCAGAGGUAAUAUUAUUUUUGUGUAGCGAGGUUCGACAGGGAACAACCGAACGGAAGGUAAAAUGCCCAUGGAAAGCAUCUCAAUGUUUAGUAGAAUAUUCUUUUAGAGGGAAAAGUCAAGAAAAAUGCUAAUUUAGGAUUGUUUUAAUAUUUCUAUCUAUUGAUAUUUAGUGGUAUUUUUUUGUACAUAAUAAUAUGUAAAUUAUUAAACAAAGGAACGGAAAAUAGAAAACAGAAAGCAAAAAUUUGAGAAUGCCGCCGAAUUCAUUUUGAGAGAAGAUUCUAAAGCGACCUGACAACUGCUUCUCAGAAAUCAGCAACUGAUCCUUCAUGUGGAACAAAACCUAAAGCGCUUAUGAUGAAAGAGAAAAAAAAAGAUAAUUUCCAAUCAUACUAGAAAUAAUCUUGAUUGCAAAAGAGGUCUACUUACUAUGCGUCAUUUUAUUCCUCACUUUUUGUAUGCCAUCAACGUACGCGUGAAGUAAUUUGGAGUUGCUAGAGCGUAUCAGAACCCUCCAAUUUGCACCGUGGAACAAAAAAAAAAACACUAAAAAACGAUGUAAUAUAUUUAGCAAAACAAAACAAACAAAACAAAAAACGAAAUCCAAUAAACAACAGUAAAACAAUCUUACAACACAAGUACUGUCGUACUAACUGCACACAAUAUGAAGAAAUGUUACGUCAGAGAAAUGCAAACAAUUCUCUAGAUUUUAAGCAGAAAUUCCUAAUUUAUACUUAUAUUUUUAAUAGGGUACAUUAAACAAUAAAUACACUGACACAAGGCGAGUGUAAAGAUUGAAAGCAAACGGGGAUCCCCGAGCGAAAUUAGCCUUUUGUAGUGGAAGGAAAAGGUGUGCAAAAGAAAGAAGCCAAUUCGAUGAUUCAGUUUUGAUUUAUUUAUUACUUUUUUAUGCGAUGAUCGUUUCACAUAUUCUAAGAGAACUGUAAUACGCUUGUUAGUUUCCCCCCCGUUGCCAAUUGAUUAUUUACUGUGGAGUGGAAAGGUACAGAGAGAGAUAGAGACCAUACACAAAUCUAAUAUAUCAAACGUAUUGCAACGAAACAAAAAAGGGUAUUUCUGUAUAUAUUCUACAAGAAUAUUGAUUCAGAAAUUGUUCAAAAAAAAAAAACGUUGUUUACGUCUCUAUUUGGUAAUCUAAAGAAUAUGCCAUCUGGAAUUAGAGCGCAUUCGUUUUCUGUUAAAACUAGUUUUAAUCAAUACCAAGUAAGAAGUGAACAGAAAUAUUUCGUGCUAUUAUUUUUAUUCGUCUUUGCUUGCAGCCAAGCAAUUUAUGUACGAACAGUGCAAAAGAUUUCUCUUGUUUAAAUUUACGCAAGUGUCGUUCAAAUUUUUGUUACUCUGUUCGUAUAUCAUGCCGCAACACUGGUGGGGUUUGUAAAUAUCAGUGGGUGUGCGAUAAUAAAGUACUAAAGUGUGAAAAUACUAUGUUGUGAGGAAGGAAAAGAAAAAAAAUACUGAAAAUAAUUACCACAAUUACCACAUACUUUCUUUCCACACAUAGAACACGAACAAACAACACCAAUGGGCCGACUAAAAGUAGAAUUUCUGUUAAGUGUAUUUCCACUUAUAACAAUAUAACAAACGAAAUAUGAAUGAAAUGCAAAUAGAGAUCAACGGAAACAUA